ACCAAGAGGAAGGCAGAGGCGGUGGGCAGCAGGGCACAGCUGGCUGGCUUGGUUGUGCCAAAGAAGGUGAAGAUGGAAGCCAAUGGGGGCUCAGAGCAGGUCUGGAUGCACUCCUCAGGACAAGCUGCGGAGCGCGCAUGGAAGCCCUGGUCUGACACCAGCCUAUUACGGGGACACCGAUGGCCAAGUGGUUCCGGGACUAUCUGAGCUUUGGUGGCCGGAGGCCCCCACCGCAGCCGCCCACCCCCGACUACACCGAGAGCGACAUCCUACGGGCUUACCGCGAGCAGAAGGACCUGGACUUCGAGGAUCCCUAUGAGGAUUCCGAUGGCCGCCUCGAGCCAGAGCCCGCCGGGCCAGGCGACUCCAAGUACGACUCUCCCAGGCACCGGCUGAUCAAGGUGGAGGCUGCGGAUAUGGCCAGAGCCAAGGCCCUGCUGGGCAGCCCCGGGGAGGAGCCUGGAGAAGACACUGAGUACUCCGACCCUUUCGAUGCCCAGCCUCAGCCGCCAGCCCCCGAUGAUGGGUACAUGGAGCCCUAUGAUGCACGGAGCAGUUCAAGUGAACGGCCAAGCAGAGCCGUCCAGCUUUACGAUACUCCUUACGAAGAAGAGCAGGAUGCCGAGCCGGAAGAUGGAGUGUCUUCCAGCCAGAGCAGGCUGCCCCUGGAGGACGAGAGGCCGGCAGAUGAAUAUGACCAGCCUUGGGAGUGGAAAAAAGAUCACAUCUCCAGGGCCUUCGCAGUACAGUUUGAUGGUCCUGAUUGGGAACGGACUCCAGGCUCGACCAAAGAGCCCCGGAGACCGCAGCCUGCAGAGCGCGUGGAUGCAGCCCUGGCCCUGGAGAAGCAGCCGUGGUUUCAUGGCCCCCUGAGCCGCAUGGAGGCGGAGAACCUUUUGUCCCUCUGCAAGGAAGGCAGCUACCUAGUGCGGCUCAGUGAAACCAGAGCUCAGGACUGCAUCCUGUCCCUCAGGAGCAGUCAGGGUUCGAUGCACCUGAAGUUCGCGCGGACCCGAGAGAACCAGGUGGUGCUGGGCCAGCACAGCGGGCCCUUCCCCAGCGUUCCCGAGCUGGUCCUGCAUUACAGUGCCCGCCCACUGCCUGUGCAGGGCGCCGAGCAUCUGGCUCUGCUUUACCCUGUCACCAGCAGCCAGAGCCCCUGAUGGAUCCUGCACACUGGCUGCCAAGCCAGAGAGGGGACAGAGGGACUCACGAUGCAGACUCCCUCCAAGCCAAAUCUACUGCCCUCUGGGAGGUUCCAGGGCCCCCUCUCUGUGACCAGGCCAAACCUGUGAGUUUGGGAGGGGACGCUUGUUGCCAGGUCUGAGGGGUUCAGUCCCAGGAACCCACACGGUGGCAGCAGAGAGCAGACACUGCGAGUUGUUCCCUGAUUAACACACAAGGCACACGCCAUAAAUUAAUAAAUAAAUAUAAUAAAAACAAA